ACCCUUGUCCGCGACUGUCAUGUCGCAAAACCUGGGCGCUGGUAUCCUGUAUAUUCUCGGAUGUGGAUGCUGCUGCCCUGGAGGCCAGGAUCCUUACAACGGGACGUAUACCUGCUGCGGCUGCAGCUGCUGUGGAGGGGAUAGCAAUGUGCAUGCUCGCGAGAAGGAGGUGGACAGCGAGUUCUUGGAGCGCGACUAUCGACGGGACGCAUCUGGUCAUAUUCACAUAGAGCCAAGUCCGACUCGCAGUAUGACCGCGCAGACUAGGGCAUCGGCUAUGAAAUGAUUUCUUGGUGCUUCAUAGUGACUUUCCUCGCUUAGGUUCUCAGAUUGCUUUCGGACUUUGACUCACUCGAUACCCCUCGCACUCUGACUGUUGUACCACUAGACCUCCGCCCUCGAACGGACCUUUUGCUUUGGGACGAAUACACGAGUUUGGUAUGACACGACCUGUACGCUUAGCCUCACACGUAUGGUGCUCGUCAACGUCUCAAGCCGCGAGGCGCACAGCUUCAUGUCGGAGAUUAUGCGGGAGAAGGGGGACUGAUCUCCUCGUUUCCGUCGCACUGAUUUCGAUGAGUCGUGCCUUCACCGCCGAGAAUCGUUACGAAGGGACGGGAUUUCCGUCCAGCAAGCACAGUUGCUUGCCAACUUGGUAUCUGGAGGGCCAUUCGGUG